GCCACUGCAGAUUACUAACGGUACCAGACGUGAAAGAAGACCCAAUCGUCGUGGUUAUCGUUACGCUUUAACCUCUUGGAAGAAGUUCAUGAAAGCUGCUCAAAUUAAGGCCCGUGACCAGAAAUGGAAGAAGGUGCAAUCACAUUGUUGAAUAAUUUGGACCUCAAUGUUGAUAACUAUACCAUAAGAAUACGCAUUGUUCGUUUGUGGACAAGAGCUGAUUUCAAUAACGCUAGAAAAGUGUAUUGUUAUGAUAUGAUAUUCAUGGACAGUGAGGGAACAAAAAUGCAAGCUUUUGUUUUGGCUAAAAACGCAUCUGGAUAUCAACAUCUUUUGGAAGAAAAGCGUUGUUUGACGAUUAGAAAUCCUUCAUUGGGUGAGAAUCGUCAGAAGGUGAAGUACGCUAACGGUGGUUUGAAGAUUAACCUUAAUAACAACACCGUUGUUGAGGAAUGCCACGAGGCUAUUGGUUCUGAAUGGGGUUUUGAUUUUACUCCCUUUGAUUCAGUUGUGGAGGAUCCAACAGUUGACAACAAGUUUUUUAAAAGUCCAAUUGGUAUGAUAUACAAUUAUAACUAUUUAACUAAACACAGCACAUUUUUUACUUUGUUGACACUAUUUCAUUUUUAUCAACAGAUGUAA